AUGGCAACGGUACAAAACCCAACAGGUUAUGGGCCCAGGAGAGGCUUGAUUUUUGAUGGAGACGAGAACAAGUAUGAAUUAUGGGAGGUAAAGUUUUUGGGAUAUAUGCGACUCCAAAAACUUUACAAUAUAUUCAUUCCUAGCAGUAGCGAAAGAGAGCUAGAUGAGGCAAAGAACGCAGAUGCCUUUGCCGAAUUAGUGCAAUGUCUAGAUGACAGGAGCUUGACCCUGGUCAUACGAGAGGCGAAAGACAAUGGAAGAAAAGCCCUGACGGUUCUGAGAGAACAUUAUCAAGGCAAGGGAAAGCCCAGAAUAAUCUCGCUGUACACGGAAUUACCGUCGUUGAAGGCAGAAAAUGAGAUAAUUACGGACUACAUCAUACGGGCAGAAACUGCCGCGACCGCAUUGAAGGCUGCCGAGGAAGUAAUCAGUGAUGGACUUCUGAUUGCCAUGGUACUCAAGGGUCUACCAAACGCGUAUAAAUUAAAACAUUUUCUACGGUGGUUAUUCAACGAGAAAACCAGAUGA